AUGUCCUGCUCCGACAAGUGCCAGACCUGCCAGCCCUGCGGCCCGACCCCGCUGGCCAACAGCUGCAAUGAGCCCUGUGUCAGGCAGUGCCAGAGCUCCAACGUGGUCAUCCAGCCCUCCCCCGUAGUGGUGACCCUGCCCGGCCCCAUCCUCAGCUCCUUCCCACAGAACACCGUUGUGGGCUCCUCCACCUCCGCUGCCGUUGGCAGCAUCCUCAGCUGUGAGGGAGUGCCCAUCAACUCCGGGGGCUUUGACCUCUCCUGCAUCACCAACCGCUACUGCCGCAGCAGAUGCAGACCCUGCUAAAGCCACCGGUGACAGCCCAGA